AUGGCUCACUCACAAAGUAGGAGAAAUACAUGGGAAGGACCCAACGGACGCACGGUAGAAUCGAAAGCAACUGAACUGUUACAUUUAUACAUUUACGACUAUUUCAAAAAGAAAAAGUUUAAUCAAGCAGCUAGAGCCUUUUCUACAGAAGCCAAUGUUGCAACCGAUCAAAGCCCACCUUUCGAUCUAUCAACUGGUUUCUUGGGCGAUUGGUGGAAUAUUUUUUGGGAUAUGUAUUACGCCAAAUCUAAAGAAGCAGAAGCCAGUAAAGAAGCCUUAAUAUACGAUGAGUAUCAUAACUUUCUUAGGGCAAAAAGAGACGAAGUUUUAAAUCAACAGCGAAACUUUAAUGUGCAAUUACAGCAAAGAAGACUUUCGAAAGCUCAAGCAUUUGCACAACAGCAGCAGCAGCAACAACAGCAGCAGCAACAAGCUUCUCAACAUAACCAAGAACCUCAACCAACCCCACAUUUACCUCAGCAAAGUAUACCUCCACAGCAACAACAAGCCAUCAUGUCACGCGAUCCACGCCCAUCACCUGCUAAUAGUACUAUCUCUUUGCCCAAUAACUCGACAGCAAACAAUGUACCCCCACCUCAUCUUACCGCACUCAAUGCUGGCAAUAAUAAUGUAAAUAAUACACCACAUAGCAUGCCAGCCAAUUUACCUCAAAGCACUCAUGCGACCAAUAUACCUGGAAGACACACGACUGCUUCUCCUUCCUUUUCACCCCGACAAAUAGCCACUAUGCAACAGCAAUCACAACAACAACAUAGGGGCGCCAACGUAGACAUGGCACCUCCUCCACCACAACAGCAGCCACCACAACAAUCUCAACCCAGUGACAAUGAAGCCUCUACCAGCGCUGCCGCCUCCGCUGCUGCUUCUGCCGCUGUUGCUGCUGCUAUGAUGAUGAAUUCACCCAUGGUAACACAUCAGCAUUCACAACAACCAGGCCAGAUCCCAAAUCAACAACAAUUUAAUGCUUUUCAGCAACAAAAAGCCUUACAAUUUCACCAGCAUCAAAAUCUAAUCAAUGCUGCCAUGAGCGCUUGCGGUUUGGCGGGUCGUGAUCAAAGUACACUUACAAAUGAGGAAAAAGCUUCUGUCCAACAGCAAUAUGCUCGCUUUCAUGCUCGAAUGAAUCAGCAAAUGAUGAUGAGAAAUACUGCUGCUGCUGCGGCGGCUGCUGCUGCUGGAAGCAAUAACAAUAUGAUGGUAGCAGCAGCUCAUAACAACCCUCAACUUCAGGCGAGGAUGCAAAUGCAACAACAAUUUCUGGCGCAGCAACAAGCCCAACAACAGCAGCAACAGCAAGCAGCCUUACUUCAUCAUCAACAACAGCAGCAACAACAACAACAACAACAACAACUACAAGCUCAGGCUCAAGCUCAAGCUCAAGCACAGGCCCAAGCUCAAGCCCAACUUCAUCAGCAGCAACAACAACAACCACAACACCAUCAUUCUUCGCCACAACCUCCUCAUGAUACGCCUCAGUCUCAAGCCCAUUCUUUACCGCCUCCACAAUCCACCCCGCAACAGCAACAUCCUGCCCUACCACCUGGCACUCCACAACAGCACCAAUUGCAAUUGGUUUCGAAUCAACCUCCACCUCAACAGCACAUGAGUCCUCAUAUAGCAGAAGCUGCUUUACAGCAACAGCACCAACAGCGUCCUAUGGGCCCCUUAGGCCCUACAGUCAAUGGUCAACCAAGGCCUCCUAUGAUGGGCCCAAAUGGACAAAUGAUAAAUCCCAAUAUGCAAAGUCCACAAUUAAUGAACGGCAUGCCAUUCAACGGUGAUAUGAAUUACAUGCUAACACAACAAAUGAUGAAUAAGAAUCCACAACUUCAACAACAAUUCUAUCAUCAAAAGCAGCGUAUGAUGAUGAAUCAAUGUAUGAUGGCGCAACAACAACAACAGCAGCAGCAGCAGCAGCAGCAGCUUCAAAUGCAACAGCAAGCACAGGGACAAGCAUUCGCCCCAGCACAACAGCCACCCUCUCAACAUCAAGGUCCCCAAGCCACUCCACGACAACAACCACAACAAUUAUCUUCGCUAACCAAUGCCAUGAAUACAUCAUCGAGCCAUAUCGUAGGUGAUGCUAACAAUGGGAGUAAUAGCCCAAAUCCAACGGCUGUAAGCAGCACUAUGAGUCCUGAAGAGGAGAAAAAGAAAGCAGCAGCCGUAGUCAUGUAUGCACGCCAUCAAGUAAGUCAUACCAUCAAUCAAGCUCAACAAGCUCAAAGACAAGCGCAACAACAACAACAACAACAACAACAACAACACCAGCCUGCACAAAAACGACAGAAAACUUCUAAUGGAGAAGAACAGCAAUCCUCUCAACUACCACCUCCUUCAUCGCCUCAAUUACAUCACAAGUUAGCAGGAGGAAAUGGUAGCCCGCAUCCUUCUGCACAAUUAUCGCCUCAAAUGUCACGCUCCCAGCAGCAGCAGCAAAAACAAUCACCCACGAACAACAAUAACAAUCUUAAUGAGAAUAACAGUCAUCAGCUAAAUGAUGCUGUGGGCAUGGCUGAAUCUGCUGCUGCACCAAUGGAUCCUACUUCUCAAGCUCAGCAACAAGGUCAACAUCCACCAGUUGCCGUCACAUCUACUCCGUCAUCGCAGCAGCAACAACAAAAUGCUGUUCCUUCUUUUGAUUUAGAAAGAUUCAUGAUGGCUGGUGCCGGUGAUUUCAGUGAUAUGUUUGCUACAGGAGACGUGAUGAAUGAUCCAAAUUUGUUGGCCAUGAGUGAUAUGGUAGGAGCCGAUUUAUCAGGCAAUGGAAGUGGAGCAGGAGCCCUGGUAGAUCCCUUUGGCAAUGGCGGGUUUUUAGCGAGUAUGGGGGGCGGAGGAGCCCAAGCCGCAGGUGCGAUGGGAUUUGAUUUAAUGGACACGACGGGCAUGCACAACAACAAUGGCCAUCAAACCAUGGGCGCGGCGACAAAUGCACUCACAUCGUCACAGCCACCCUCCAUGUCCACACCUUCUUUAUCCCAUCACCUGUUGCCUAUGAAUGCCGCACAGCUCCAACCUGUGUCUGAAUUGGCCGGACAUGCGAAUAAAGUAUCUACUGUGUCGUUCUCCUUUGAUGGUCAAUGGUUAGCCAGUGCCGGCCAUGAUAAAAAAGUCAUGAUCUGGAAUGUUGCCCAGCAGCAAAAGAAUAAAAAAGCAUCCACAGCAAUGUAUACCCUGGAUGGUCAUACCAGCAAUAUUACCUGCGCCCGAUGGAGUCCGGAUACGCGAUUCUAUGUCGCUACUUCUUCUUACGAUAAAACAUUACGCAUCUGGGACGUCGGCUCUGUGAUAGCUAAAAAUAACGAGGCAGCAGCGACCAUUAAGAAAGAGGAAGCAGACAACGACGAUAAAGACGUUAAUCAUGUGGAUACGAAAGAGGAAAAGGAGAUCAAGACGGAAACACCGAAACAACUCGUAAAGUUCGACUGUCGCGCUCAAGUCACCGCCAUUGAUUUUGCACCCAAUAAACCCGACAUGAUCUGUUCUUUAGAUGCGGAAGGUGAACUGAAAGUGUGGAACAUAUCUACUUCCAGCUGCGAAAAAUCUAUCAAGAUGACACAGUCUAAAUCAGGCUUCAGUCCUAACCCUAUGCGAUUCCAUCCCAAGACAUCGAGUAUAUUGGCCUGUGCUGUCGGCAAUCAAAUCUACAUCAUCGAUGUCAUGACGGCCAAAAGCAACGGUGGUAAUCAUAGUGGUCAUAACAGCAAUAAUAGUAAUAGCAGUAGUAGCAGCGGCAGUCAUGCAGCGCACAUGGACAUGACAGGCAUUCGUACCAUUCAAACCGAUCAUGGCAAAAAUAUAUGCUCCUUUGAUUGGUCGGCCGAUGGCCAUUUCCUCGUCGCGUCUUCGGAAGAUAAAAUCUGUGUUUAUGAAACUUCUCAUUGGAAAUGUGUGAUGCAUCAUAUCCCUCAAUCUAAAAUAUCCGGCUGUGCCUUUGUCAAUACUGGCAGUAGCAGCAAUUCCAAUACCAAUCAUUCAUCAACAACAACAACAAUGACAACAACAAAUAGUGGGGGUAGCUAUCCUCAUCAUCACCAUCAGAAUGAGAAACUAAAGAUUUUAUACGGUGGUUAUCAAGAUAUCUUCUUGUGGCAAUGUGGUAUUCCAGGCGCACAACCGAUGAAGGCUGGAUCCCAAUCUGGUAUGGUCGUGAAUAUUGCUUGUUGCACAACUGCUAUCACCCAUACUUCGUCGUCGUCUUCCUCAUCUUCUCCUUCCUCUUCUUCUGCGAUACCUCAUUCGAAUAUCCUUGUAGCCACAGCGAGUCAUCAAAAAGAAAAGAAUUUGAUGUUAUGGACCAUCUAAAAAGAACCCCUUUUCUUUAAACCACAACGACGAAAAUGAGGCAUGCGUUAAAACUUCUGAUUAUUUACUAUCUUUUAUAUUAAUUUUGUAUUCCAUUUUACAAAAACAAUGACUCUUGCUGUCUCUCUCAUACAUCCUAUUUCAUGCUAUAUCCCUUUAUAAAAGAGAGGAGAGAGACCCGUCUAGGUUAGAAAUAACUGUAUAUAUAAUUUUAUACGUAUAUAUAUAUAUAUACGU